CAGUGGGUGCCACUUCCACUGCUUCCACUGGGACAAAGCCGGUCUGGGGACCCUUGGCUUUGGAUUAAAAGUUCCUGGAACGACAGCUGCCACCACAAGCACUGCCACGGGGACUACUUCUGCUUCUGGCUUUCCUUUGAGUCUGAAGCCUUUGACUACCACUGGUGCCAUUGGAGCUGUGACCAUCCACAUCUGCCAUCACCACAACCACCACACCCAGUGCCCCCCCAGUGAUGACUUAUGCCCAGCUGGAGAGUUUGAUAAACAAGUGGAGCCUGGAACUGGAGGACCAAGAGAAGCACUUCCUCCAUCAAGCUACACAAGUCAAUGCCUGGGACCGGAUGCUGAUAGAGAAUGGGGAGAAGAUUACUUCGUUACACAGAGAAGUAGAGAAGGUGAAGGUUGAUCAGAAGAGACUGGAUCAGGAGCUGGAAUUCAUUCUGUCCCAGCAGAAGGAGCUGGAGGACUUGCUGACCCCUCUGGAGGAGUCUGUGAAGGAGCAGAGCGGGACCAUCUACCUGCAGCACGCCGAUGAGGAACGGGAGAGGACCUACAAACUGGCUGAAAACAUCGAUGCACAGCUGAAGCGCAUGGCACAAGAUCUGAAGGACAUCACUGAGCACUUGAACACAUCAAGAGGCCCAGCAGACACGAGUGACCCGCUUCAGCAGAUCUGUAAAAUUUUGAAUGCACACAUGGAUUCCCUGCAGUGGAUUGACCAGAACUCAGCUGUGCUGCAGAGAAAGGUGGAGGAGGUGACAAAAGUUUGUGAGGGUCGCCGCAAGGAGCAGGAGCGCAGCUUUCGCAUCACCUUUGACUGAAACGCUCCCAAGCUUCAAAGGAUGAACAUAAACCCUCCACAGAAAACAGGUGUUUGGGAGCUGAGGACUGAAAUGAUGACAUGGCUUUGUUUCUUUUUUUGCAAUAAAAUGUGUUGUUUGUUCCAAAA